AACCCACAUUUACAUCUUCUAUCUCUUAUUGUUGUUGUUGGUUUUGUUUGUGCAACAGUAGGAGAAGCCAAUGGGCAACACUUGAUUGGAGUGGGGAGUUAUGACAUGACAGGUCCAGCUGCUGGAGUGAACAUGAUGGGCUAUGCAAACCUAGAACAAAAUUCUGCAGGAAUUCAUUUCAGAUUAAGAGUCAGGACUUUCAUUGUGGCCGAAAGUUCUAAAGGAACAAGAUUUGCUUUUGUAAAUCUUGACGCGGGCAUGGCUUCACAGCUUGUCACAGUUAAAGUGCUAGAGAAGCUGAAGUCAAGGUAUGGAAAUUUGUACACUGAAGAGAAUGUAGCAAUUAGUGGCAUCCACACUCAUGCAGGGCCUGGGGGUUAUUUGCAAUACUUGAUUUACUCGAUAACUUCUCUCGGGUUUGUCCAGCAAUCUUUUGACGCCAUUGUCACCGCAAUUGAACAGAGCAUUGUUCUGGCUCAUAACAACCUCAAACCUGGUUCAAUUUCUAUCAAUACAGGAGAGGUAGAAAAUGCGGGAAUAAACAGGAGUCCAAGUGCAUAUCUGCUUAACCCGGCGGAGGAGAGAGCUCGAUACUCAACGAAUGUCGAUAAAGAAAUGACGCUUUUGAAAUUCGUUGAUGGUGCGAGUGAGAAAAGCAUAGGAGCCUUCAGUUGGUACGCAACGCAUGGGACCUCAAUGUCCAGAGACAACAAGCUCAUCAGCGGGGACAACAAAGGCGCUGCAGCUAGGUUCUUUGAAGACUGGUUCACUUCCACCAACAAAUCUUCAUCCACAUCACAUACCAAAUCUUCCCCGAAAUCGGAGAUUGGGACGCUCAUAAAGAAAGCACAGACAAUCAAAGCCACUGGAGGAACAACGUGCGGUAAAACAACUAGUCAAGGCUUCAAGGUGAGGAAGAACGAUGGAUCUUUAUUUGUAGGAGCAUUUUGCCAAUCAAAUGUUGGAGAUGUGACACCAAAUGUGCUAGGAGCAUUUUGUACUGAUAGUGGAAAGCCAUGUGACUUCAAUCACUCUUCAUGCCAUGGCAAUGACCUGCUUUGCGUGGGCCGCGGUCCUGGGUACCCGGAUGAAAUAUUAAGCACAAAGAUCAUAGGAGAAAGGCAAUUCCAAAAGGCUUCAGAUUUAUUCAUGUCUGCUACAGAGCGAUUGAGCGGGAAGAUUGAUUAUCGUCAUGCAUACAUAAAUUUUACGAAUAUUGACGUGGAAUUAGAUGGAAACAACAAAGUCAAGACUUGUCCUGCAGCACUUGGCCCAGGUUUUGCCGCUGGAACUACAGAUGGCCCUGGUGUUUUUGGUUUUCAACAAGGUGAUACAGAGAUCAAUGAGUUGUGGAAAAAAUUAAGGGAUUUGCUGAAAAAGCCAAGCCAAUAUCAGGAAGACUGCCAAAAGCCCAAAGCUGUUCUGCUUUCUUCGGGCGAAAUGUUUGAACCUUAUGCAUGGGCGCCAGCAAUUCUUCCUAUUCAAAUCUUGAGGUUGGGGAAACUGAUCAUACUUUCUGUACCCGGAGAGUUCACGACAAUGGCUGGUCGACGACUGAGAGAGGCUGUUAAGAACACAUUGAUAACGAAAGGAAAUGGGGAAUUCGGUAACGACACCCAGAUUGUAAUAGCAGGCCUUACAAACACUUACUCACAAUACAUCACUACUUUCGAAGAAUACGCACAUCAACGAUAUGAGGCUGCUUCAACGCUCUAUGGCCCCUAUACAUUAUCAGCAUACAUACAGGAAUUCAAUGAACUAGCAAAAGCAAUGGCGAAAGGAGAACAAAUCAUGAAGGGCCCAUCCCCACCAGAUCUUUCAUCUGUACAACUCAGUCUCUUAAUUAACCCAACUGGAGACUCACCUCCUCCUGGCGUAAAGUUUGGCGAUAUAAAGCAAGACAUUAAUCAACCAAAGACUGGCUCAUUUCAGAAGGGUGACAAACCAAGUGCCACGUUUUGGAGUGCCGACCCCAGAUACGAUUUGUUAACUGAAGGUACAUAUGCUGUGGUAGAGAUGCUUCAAGGGCAGCAGUGGAUUCCUGUUUAUGAUGAUGAUGAUUUCAGCCUAUUUUUCAAGUGGACAUUGGACAACGUUACUUUCAAUGGCUUAGCAACCAUUGAAUGGGAAGUGCCACCAGAGGCUAGCUCUGGGGUUUACCGGCUAAGGCAUUUUGGGUCAUCUAAGAAAACAAAAGACUCUCCAAAUGAAUACUUUACUGGUGCGUCUAGUGCAUUUACUGUGUCAUAGAUACGUUCAUGUUCUUCCAUGGGAAAUAAUAUAGAGCUGUUUGGUGUCAAGCAUGUAAUUCAAAACAGUGAGUCCAGUAGACUCUCAACUCAUUUCAAUUUUCGCU